AAUAAAUCAAAACAAUCAUUUUCAAGCUUAAUUAAAUAUUCAUUGUGACAUGUCUAUUCGUUUAUUCGAAGCAGCCAAACAUGCAGAACUGUAUGCAAAAUUUAGGCCUAAAUACGACCAAGAUGUGUUUGACGCCAUUUUGAAUUUCUGUAAGAAAGGUAAAUGUGAAUUUGAACAAGCUGUCGAUGUUGGGUGUGGGUCGGGUCAAAGUACAGUCCCUCUGACAAAGUUUUUUAAAAGAGUCCUUGGCUCUGACAUCAGUGCUAAACAAAUUGAGAAUGCUCCUAGAAAGAUCAAAAAUCUUGAAUACCAUGUUGGACCUGCAGAAGAUUUGUCUUUCUUGUCAAACAGUUCGACUGAUUUAGUGACCAUAGCCCAGGCUGUACAUUGGUUUGAUACAGAAAGGUUUUAUUCUGAAGUGAAUCGUGUGUUAAAACCUGGUGGAGGAUUGGUUGUCUAUGCUUAUGGGUCAGAAAUUAUGGAAAAUAAAACAAUUAAAGAAAAAAUCAGUCGGUUUUACAGUGAAACACUUGGUGAUUUCUGGAAUGAAAAGGUAAAACUUGUAGAAGAAGAACAUUAUAGUUCAUUAACAUUACCAUUUCCUGGCUGGUACAGAAAAGAUGAUUUAAAGAUUAGAGUAGAAUGGACUGUAGAGGAAUAUGUAGGUUACGUAUCUUCCCGGUCAGGUUGGACUAAAUAUUUAAAACAUAACCCAGAGUCAGAUGAGCUUCAAAAAUUAUUACUCAGGUUUAAAGAAUUGUACACUGUAGAUGGUACAGAGAGAAAAAUGAAAAUUGAGUUUCCAGUUUUUAUGUUGAUGGGCUAUAAGCCUCAAUAAUUCUAUAAACCUCAAUAAUUCUAUAAACCUCAAUAAUUCUAUAAACCUCUAUAAUUCUAUAAACCUCAAUAAUUCCUCAAUAAUUCUAUAAACCUCAAUAAUUCUAUAAACCUCAAUUAUUCUAUAAACCUCCAUAAUUCUAUAAACCUCAGUUAUUCUAUAAAUCUCAAUAAUUCUAUAAACCUCAAUAAUUCUAUAAACCUCUAUAAUUCUAUAAACCUCUAUAAUUCUAUAAACCUCUAUAAAGCUACAUAAAAACCGCAAUAAUUCUACAAACCUCAAUUAUUCUAUAAACCUCAGUUAUUCUAUAAACCUCAAUAAUUCUGUAAUAAUUAAAUGGUGUCCCCGAUACACAUAAAGGAAAAGUAUCUCCUGGAUUGGCUGAAUUAGAAGCAAUAUUAAAUGUUAUUUUGAUUUGUUAUCAUUAUAUGUAAUUGUUAUAAAAUUAUGAUUAAAAUUGUGAUGGAUUG